AUGACAGAAGUUUCUUCAGGCAAGGUCGCAACGACUGGCUACGAGCCGCAUCCCAGCGGCAAGCAGAUGAAAGCCGCCCAAUGGACCGGCAAGAAAUCCAUUACCCUAGGCACUGUGCCUCGCCCUGGGAUUACCGCGCCGGCGGAUGCAAUCGUGCGGAUCACGCACUGCACCAUUUGCGGGUCGGACUUGCAUAUGUAUGCAGGCGAUCUGAACGCGGCCAUGCAGAAGGGCGACAUCAUGGGCCACGAGGCCAUCGGGAUUAUCGACGAGGUUGGCCCAGAAGUCAAGGGCCUGUCCCCAGGAGACCGCGUUAUCAUCCUUCCGGUGAUAGCAUGCGGCGACUGCGAGUACUGCAAGAGGAAGGAAUUCUCCCUGUGCGACAAAACGAACCCAAGCAAGGAGAUGGAGGGGAUGUAUGGGCACCGACUUGCUGGUAUCUUCGGGUACUCACAUCUAACUGGUGGUUAUCCCGGCGAUCAGGCCGAGUACUGCCGUGUGCCGAACGCGGACCUCGUGUGCGUCAAGGCGCCCUACGAUAUUGACGCGAAGAAACUGGUCGGCCUCGCGGACGUGACGACGACUGCAUGGCAUGGUUGCGAGCUGGCCGAGGUCGGCGAGGGCGAUAUUGUCGGCGUAUGGGGUGCUGGUCCCAUUGGUCUGUCAAUAGCUCGGCUCGCUAAGGAUAUAAGGGGCGCGAAGAGGGUGUAUAUCGUGGACGUUGACCCGCAGAGACUCGAGCUAGCCGAAAACUUCGGAUUGGAGCCAGUCGACGUCAACAAGCACAAGGAUGUUGCGGACUAUAUCUUGUCGGUUCAGCCCGGUGGUCUGGAUCGCGGUAUCGAGGCAAGCGGUUUCAGAAGCGCAGCGAGCGCCAAGCACAGGUUCCUGCGAGAUACCAUGCUUGAGAGAGACAGCGGUGAUACUAUUGCGGAGGUAAUCAAGGCUACGAGAAAGUGUGGAAACGUGGCUCUGAUUGGCGACUUCUUCUUCGAGACUCACUCAUUUCCUAUCGGCAUGCUGAUGGAGAAAACCAUCACCCUCCGUGGCGGACAGUUGAUGGCUCAGAGGUACCAUCCGUAUCUGUUGGACUUGGUCGUUCAAGGGAAGUACGACCCGUCUUGGAUGUUCACACAUGAAGAUGAUUUUGAGAAUGUCUCUGAAUGUUACGCCAAAUUCCACGAGCAUAAGAUCCCCGGAGGAUUGAAGGUACUGCUAACCACCGAGUUCGGCCGCCGGAAGUAG